AUGAGGAAAAGUGGCCUCCUGAGCAAACAGUUUAUGUGUAGGGGUUUAUUCCAGAGGGGGAUAUGGUUCUUUUCUUCCUAUCCUGAAGUGGAGCUAGUAACUGUGACAGUAAAUGUAACCAUCCAGGACUGUGUGGCCGAUGUGUUGUCUGAGCUGGUUUACCGCAAUAUGCAGCAAGUCUCUAAGGAGACCAUGUUCAUCUUUCCUGUGGACUCUGGCACUGUUGUACACACUUUCUCUGCGACCAUGGGGGACACCUGUAUUGAAGCAAUGCUCUGGGAGAAGGAGGAGGCCCAGCAGCUGUUCAAAGCCACUUCAGGCAUGGAGAAUUUAAGAUACCUGCAGGACCAGGAGGAUCUUUGGGGUCCUGUGUUUACUUGUUUCUUGGGGACCCUGCCUCCUAACAGGGAGGUGGCCAUCAGCCUGUGCUAUGUCCAGGAGCUGCCACUGCAGCCUUGUGGGGCUGCCCACUUUUGCUGGCCACAUGAGCUGGUCCCAAGGACAAAAUACACUAGUGAGUGAUCCUCCAGGUGCAUCCCCCAGAUGUCCGAAAACGUGCACUUCAACAUCCGUCUGAAGUCAGCCCAUGGUGUGUCCCGUAUAACAAUUAAUGGCCGCUGCACCCCUCUGCAAUACACGGCUCCAGAUCAGACCUCUGCUGAGGUCUCCUUGAAAUUGCCGCCCUGGAUGUGGGAUGAUCUGAACUUGCUGGUGUAUUACAGAGGGUCUCCCCGUCUCAGUGCUGUGGUGGAGAGGAGAGAUCCCAAAGCCCCACCUGGCACUCUGCUGGGAGACCCUGUGGUGAUGGUGACACUGAUGCCCAACAUUCCUGACACAGUGCCCAAUCCAGGCCAGCUUGGGGAAUUCCUCUUUCUCAUGGACUGCAGCCUUUUCCAGGAUGCACAGAACACACUGCUCUUCCUCCUCAAGAGUUUGCCUCUGGGCUGUUACUUCAAUGUCUACAGUUUUGGGGCCACUUUCAAAGCCUUCUAUCCGCAGAGCAUGGAAUACACACAGGAAAGCAUGGACAAUGCAGUGGGGCGCAUCUCCUCCAUCUGCCCUGAUCUGGGGGGCUGUGACCUGUUGGGCCUCCUAAGGUCUGUCUACAGCACUCCUCUCCUUCAUGGGCACCCCCGCCAGCUUUUCAUCUUCAUCCAAAGGAAGAUCUCCAGUGAAGAGGAAGCUGUCAUGGCUGAGGUCUACUGUUACCAGGACCACCACCGGUGUUUCUGUUUUCCUACUAACAGUUGUGACAGCUUCAACCUUUCCCAGGCCAUGGCCCUGGAGACCAAAGGUGAAUGUGUGUGCAUCCACUCUAAGAUGGACAUGACAUCCGAGGCAGUGAAAUGUCUGCACAGGGCUCUGCAACCUCUGGCAAGUGAGAUCUCACUACAUUGGGACCUCCCACCUGGCCUGGAGGUGUCAAUGAUCAGAAAAGCUCCUGAGUUUAUCUUCCAGGGACAUCAGAGCUCCAUCUAUGCCCAGAUCCAUGGGCAAAGACAGGAUCCAGAUUUGGGUGAGGGAGCAGUGACCCUUCAGUACAACGUGGGCAGCCAGUCCUUUGAUUAUACACUCAGGUUCUCACUGUCCACAUCUGCAGAUGACAGGAUGCCCAUGCACCGCAUGGCCAUGAUGCACCUGUUGUGGAAACUGGCCUGGGAGGGGACAAGCAGGGCAGAGAAGGACAUCUGGCACAGCGCAGUUAAGUCCAGCAUCAGCCUGGGGAUCAUGUCACCCUUCACAUCCAGUGUGGCAGUACGCAUGAAACAGAAGGAUGCCUGGCACUGUGAUUCUUUGCCUCCAGACUCCUCCAUGUUGUUUUCUCCCUCUUGCAACCUGGUUCCCUGCCAGCUGCUCUGGUUGCGUGGCUUCAGGCCUGUGUGGUUCAAGUCCGCCAAGUUUUGGAUGGUCCAGAAGUGCCAGUUCUGCCUUGAAACACUUGGUCACAAAGACCCUGACACUGAGCCACUCACCCAGCUUUCAGCAUCCUGCAAAGGUAAGGAGAAACUCAGCUGGGCAUUCCCAAAAUGUGAUGUGCAGCCAACUGCCUGGGCCACAGUUUUGGCCUUAGUCUGGUUGCACCAGUAUAAAUGCGAAGUAUCUUGGUCAGAGCUUCUGGAGGCCAAAGCUCGUAGGUGGCUGUGAGACCAAACUGAGGUCCAUCUGGAUGAAUGUCUGGAAGCAGCAAAUUCUCUGUUAGGCUGCUUUGUGGAGCCUGUUAUUUUCAGGAUUGAAACUUACCCCACUAAUGGAAGUUUACCCAAAUAG